AUGAUCGACUCGUACUUUGACGUCUUGAUAAUCGGCAGCGGCCUCAGUGGUAUCAACUCGGCCUACCGCAUCCAAGAAUCGCUCCCCAAGGCCAAAUUUGCCGUUCUCGAAGCGCGCCACGAACUCGGUGGAACAUGGUCGCAGUUCAGAUACCCCGGCGUGCGAUCCGACUCGGAUCUGCAUACCCUGGGAUUCAACUUCUACCCAUGGAGGGCGGAGAACCCGAUUGCAAGAGGAGAGGCUAUCAUGGAAUACCUGCAAGAAACGGCGCGCACGUUUGAUCUGGACAAGAAGAUUCGCUAUAGACACAAGGUCAUCAAGGCGGACUGGAGGAGUGAGGAACAGCGUUGGAGAUUGGAAGUGGAAGUCGGCAAUGAGGUUGGAAGAGAGCCGCGAACAGUGGUGUACUGGACCAAAUGGCUCAUCACAGGCACAGGAUACUACAACUACGAUCAACCUCUGCAAGCAAACAUCCCAGGCAUCGACAAGUUCCAGGGCAAGAUCGUGCAUCCGCAGUUCUGGCCCGAGCAUCUCAACUACAAGGGCAAGAAGAUGAUAGUCGUAGGUAGUGGAGCGACAACAAUAACGCUGCUUCCUGCGCUGGUGGAUGGCGGUGUGGGCAGUGUGACGCAGUUGCAGAGGAGCCCAUCGUAUAUCAUGAGCCUCCCUCAGAAAGACCAAGCAUGGUUCGAGAAGUGGGCACCAGAGUGGUUCACUCUACGAUACAAACGCUUCAUGUUCACUCUCGUCCCUAUUCUCCUCUACAAGUUCUGCAUCUGGUUCCCUAAACUUGCACAAUCCUUCCUCGUCAACAAGGCCGCAGCACAGCUUCCCCCCGACUUCCCCGUCGAUCCUCACUUCAAGCCUGGCUACAACCCCUGGCAACAACGCAUGUGUCUCUGUCCCGACGGUGAUUACUUCAAGGCUUUCAACUCAGGCAAAGCACAUAUCGUUACGGAUACUAUCAAGAGCGUUGUCUCAGACGGCAUCGAACUCUCCAGCGGGCAGAAGCUAGACGCAGACAUCAUCGUCACAGCCACAGGCCUCAACAUGCGUUUCCUCGGCGGCAUAGACGUCAGCGUCGACGGUAAGAAAGUCGACGUGGCAUCGCAAUACAUGUGGCGCAACUCUAUGCUCACUUCCCUCCCCAACCUUGGCAACAUUAUCGGGUACUGGAACGCGUCAUGGACACUAGGCUCUGAUACGGCAUCCCGUCUUUUCGUCCGCCUUAUCAAGCAUCAGGAGCAACAUGGCUACACAAGCGUUGUGCCCAUCAUCGACGAGAAAGACAAGGAGAAGACGGUGUCUGCUAGUCCGCUCAACAGUACCUAUGUUAAGAACGCGAUGAAGAAGAUGCCGAACUGUGCGAAUACUGGACCGUGGAAGCCGCGCGAUAACUGGUUCUCGGAUAACUGGGGUGUAACAAGGGGGAGCUUGGAGGAUGGGCUCAAAUGGGAGAAAGUAGCCGUAGAGUAG